UUCAAGUUUAAGCUGAUCCUUUAGGAAGUUUUCGAAGCAUAGGUUGGUUCAUGUAAGGUUACACAACUCGUAACAAUUGUGUAUUACCGAUCAUAAAAAGAUGGCCACUUCUAUUGGGGAAAACUCUAAGGAAAGCAGUUCUUCCACUCUAGCAAGGCUUGCUCCUCUUCAAGCCGUACUAUUUGACAUUGACGGAACUUUAUGUGAUUCAGAUCCAUUCCACUAUCUUGCAUUCCGUGAGAUGCUUUUGGAGAUAGGAUACAAUGGGGGAGUGCCAGUUGAUGAGGAGUGGUUUGUCAAGACUAUUUCUGGGAAACACAAUGAUGAUCUUGUCUCUGUACUUUUUCCUAAUGAUCACGAACGGGGUGUAAAAUUCUUGGAUGACAAGGAAGCUUUGUUUAGAAGGUUGGCAAAAGAACAGUUGAAGCCUCAAAAUGGUCUCUACAAGUUGAGAAAGUGGAUAGAAGAUCAUGGUCUGAAACGAGCUGCAGUUACCAAUGCACCUAGAGCUAAUGCUGAACUAUGUAUAAAUCAAGUUGGCCUUGCUGAUUUCUUUGAUGCACUUAUUCUUGGAAGUGAUUGCAAGCAUGCAAAACCAUAUCCCGAUCCAUACUUGAAGGCCCUUGAAGUGUUGAAUGUAUCAAAAGAUCACACAUUUGUAUUUGAGGAUUCUGUCUCAGGAAUAAAAGCUGGGGUGGCUGCUGGAAUGUCUGUCAUUGGUUUGGCGAACCGGAAUCCAUCUCAGUUACUUAUGGAAGCAAAACCUGUUUUUCUUAUUAAAGAUUAUGAAGAUCCAAAGUUAUGGGCAGCUCUUGAGGAGAUUGACAAGAAGUUUGCCACCAGAAAGACUACAACAUGAGGCAUAUACAAUUAAGAGGUGAAAGUUGGACAAAGAACUUACUCACAUUCUAUGUUUACAAUUGAGUGUACUUUAUUGCAUAGAUAGUGACAAUUUGUACAGCAAAACUGCAUGAUGUUGGUUACACCUAAUUUUAUGAUAUUUGCUUUAAAGUUUGAAUUCAUGUUA